CCUACAUCUUCGCUCUACUAAUUGUUUGUCCUCAUCCAGGCCUCAGGCUUCAAGUUGGCUUCAAGCCACAACACCAUAACGAUCCGAACUCGCUUGCUCGUGCCGUGAAGUGUGCCUACUCACCCCAGAACUCAAUGCAUUGCUCGUGACAACUGCUCAAAGACGCGUUCGCCGUACCCGACUACACCAGCUUUCCUAACUAACGCACACCGCAUCGACGAACUAUGUCAGACUAUACUUCGAGUCCUUCCCGUCCUGCUUCCCCUGUAGGCGCGCUUCCAGACACUCAGACUAUCACCCCUCGUCCAUUUAGAUUUAACUGGGACACUGCGUCGCGGGUGCGUGGCCCAGGCAGUGUCUCCGAAGCAACUGAAGGGCGUGGGGCAGACUACUUUGGUGUCGCGCCACGCCUGGAUCCUUUCGGUGCAUCAAGUUCCAACCUUACGGCAGGUUCCUUGCCCAAUGAAUGGAGUAGCUCCAAGCAGGGAUUCAACGCAAUCUCCACCGUCCUCAACAAUCCUCACAGGAAACAGGCUCCUCCCAAAGCGCACUCUUCUCUUCCGGCUGUUCCUCCAGCAGACCUGCCGCGAGUCAAACGCAAGGAUUUUGAUUCGUACCUCCGGGCUGUAGGGCCAGAGUGGGACAAGUUCCAACGCAACUUGCAGCCUGAUGUUGAUGACCAGACGCGACCGGAACAGUCAUCGACCACGCCGCGGUCAUCGCUUAAUACACCACAUACGCCCGUCUCCACCAAGCCAUUCACUCCUCUCAACUCCGUUCCUCAAAUCUUCUUCGACCCCCAUUUCAACCUUGGAGAUCCACGUACGUUUGGUGUAGUUACAGAGCGGGGAAAUGCUGAAGAAGACGCCGACCCUUUGUUGCCCUCGUACGCUCUCCCACUACUCGAGAGGUUGUCACACCAUGCGGAUACCAUCGAGCAGCACCUCGUGCGUGAAAUUUCCGCCAGGUCAAGCUCAUUCUUUGCUGCGCUUUCGAACCUUCAAGAUCUACAGACCGAGUCGGAAGAAUGUUUGGAUCGGGUGUCUAAGCUACGCGGAUUACUCAACGACGUUGACGAGAAGGGAGCGAAGCGUGGACUACACAUCGUGACGAGACAGAGCAAACAGCGAAACUUGGCUGCGGUCCAUGAAGGCAUCAAAGAGGUGGAAAGUGUUGUGGAGAUGACUGGUGUCGCCAAGGGUCUCGUAGUAGCUGGUCAGUGGGGCGAAGCAUUGGGCAUCAUAGAAGACGUUGAGGCACUUUGGGACCCUCGACCACUCAAGCCACCAUUACCUCUAUCACGGAAGAACUCACGGCAGUCCUUGCUCUCGAAUGGCAACGGGAGACUAUCUCCUCUGCCCCCUACUCCUGAAUCCCCGCCUCCCGAGACUGAUGCCGCGUCUGUAACGCGUUUCUCCAAUGCUUCAAUCCCAUUAUCCUCCUUGCAAGCCUUCUCCUCCCUUCCAGACCAGCUACGGACGCUUACAAUGGAGAUCGCUUCGUCACUCACGACGGAUCUCGUGACAGCCCUGAAGCUAGAUCUCCGGGAACGCGCAACGUUCACCCCUGAGGCUCCCGUGGAUGAAGUCACGCUGAAGGAUCGUCUUCGUCCGUUGCUGCAAGGUCUUUCGCGUACGAAGGGUCUACGGGAAGCCACAAUAUCGUGGAGAGAAAUCGUCAAUCUCGAAAUGAGAGGGAUUAUCGGCCAACAUUUACCGUCCCUCGAAUUUGAUGAAGAUGAGCUCAAGUCACCGAAAACCCCACCCAAUGGAGCAUCAACGCACUUGCGAGGCUUGAGCUAUGAAGAUUCAAUGCAUCUGGUUUCUGCCUUGUACCGAAGCACUGUCAACGCCCUGUCCGGCUUGCAAACUCAAAACAGUACCUUUACCGAUGUACUUUCUGGGCUCGAGUCGCGGUACUCUAUCGAUAUUCCUUCGAUACGUGAGGAGCUGGCAGACAUCAUGUCUUCGGCAGCCGACCUCGUGAACAAGAUACUCGCCAAACUCAUCGGCUACCGUGCCGAUCAGCAUGCACAACUUGAACUUCCUCAAUUCCUUACCUUUUUCAACGAAUCUUGGAGUUUCGUUGUGACAUGCGAGACCAUCUGUCGGCGGAUGAUCAUGGGUCUCCGGGGCACGUUGUUGGGGCAGGCCAAAACCUUCCUCCAAACCUUCCAUCAGGCUCGGAUUUCCCAAUCCGCCAGGCUGGUCGAAGACGAGCAGUGGAGUCAAACGGAAGUCGCGCCGUCAUUGCAGCAAUUAGUCGGCAUCCUGGUCGACUCUGCUGUUCGGGAUUCUCCAGAGCUCAUCAUUAAACCUGUUACUGCCUCCGCGUCACCCUCUUCUCCCGUGAAUGGAAGCGCGUCGCCGUCACCUAAGGCUAAUGGACCCGGUGCCUCUUCAAAGUAUCUUCACAUUGAAGAGCACCCGUUCUUUUGCGUCUCAGCCACAGGGGCCGUAUUGGCUCUAUUAUUGGAUUAUCUCAAAGUGGUCGUCAACCUCUCGGUGCUGAAUACGGAUACGAUGAGCCGGGUUAUCGAGUUUUUGAAGGCGUUCAACUCUCGUACCUGCCAAGUCGUGCUUGGAGCAGGGGCGAUGCGCUCCGCUGGAUUGCGAAACAUUACCGCGAAACACCUUGCACUAGCUUCGCAGUCACUGUCAAUUAUGGUGAUGUUGAUCCCAUACGUCCGCGAGACGUUCAGACGACACCUAAGCCAGACUCAGGCAGUUAUGCUUGUGGAAUUUGAUAAACUCAAACGGGACUUCCAAGAACAUCAGAAUGAGAUUCACUCUAAAUUAAUCGCCAUAAUGAGCGACCGGAUUAGUGCACAUGUCAAAUCCCUACAGGCUGUGGACUGGACGGUCCCCAAAGAAGGAGCAAAUAGCUACAUGGAACUUCUCGUCAAAGAGACAGUCACGCUAUACAAGGUUUUGUCACGGUAUCUGACGACACAAGUUGUGGAGGUGAGCAAACACCCUACUUUUGGUGUGUUAGAUGAGGGAAUCAACCUGACUUGACUGGUGUAGUACGUGAUGUCACAAGUAUUUGCUGCUAUCAAUCAUAGGCUUUCCGAGGAGUAUGGAAAUAUUGAACUUUCGAACCAGGACGCAAAGAACCGGUAAGCCUGGUCACCGCGGAGAUGAUCACCGAGCACAGUUCACAUAUUCA